CAACUACUGCCGUCGUCAGUGGGAGGCUUUGCUACACGCUCUGCGGGGUGAUUGUUUUGUUGUGGACUAUGUUUGUUCUCCGUACCGACGAUAUUUGCGCCUGAAAACGACGCUUCCACGCAUCUCGGGAGCGAUCUGGAAAAGCAAUAAGGCAAUCGUCGUCAGCCCGUGCUAACGAUGAAUGGAACAAUAGAAAGUAAAGCGAUGGCCGGUGCUCCCGGGGCGGCGGGCGCCAACAACGUUGGGCAGCAGAAAGGCGCGCGAAACUUUAAACUAUUGGCCGACCCGUUCCUGCACAAGGGCGCACCGAAGGUUUACCGCUACGAUGGAGUGGUGCCGGGAGAUGCGAACCAUCCGCCCGUCAUUCCGCGUGAUCCACGGAACCCGCUGGCCAGAAUACGGUCCCGGGUUGAACCGCUCGAUAUUCCGGUGCCCAGGUUCAAAAUAGAUCAGCAUUACAUCGGAGAACCGCCGGCGAUUGAAAUUACGAUCACGAACCUGAAUGACAACAUCGAUAAACUGUUCCUGACGGAUAUGCUGACCAAGUGUGGUACAUUUACCGAGCUGUACAUUUACUAUCACCCGACGACGAACAAGCACCUCGGCCUGGCACGGAUCGUGUUCGAGCAGGUUCGUUCGGCAAAGUCGUGCGUCGAACGGCUGAACGGGACGUCCGUCAUGGGAAAGGUGUUGAAUGUGUUCAAGGAUCCGUUCGGGGAGCAGUGUAAACGGUUGCUGGAGGAAAAAACGAACGAAAAAAAACCACAACCACCACCGUCGCCCUGUCCACCCAAAGCAGUGCCACCAUCGACGGUGAAACCGCUAGCCGCCGGUGGUGGCUACCGAGGCUCGAAGGCACCGCCCGAACCGGAACACGCGCCAGAACCAUGGGAAAAGAAGUCGACCACCUUCGCUGACAACACGGAACUGUGGGAUGGUGACGACUUUUCCGGUAGCGCUGGUAACAGCCAAGAUUCGAGCUACUACAGCAAGGAGAAGAGUGCGAGUCGGAGUCACUACGACGAGUGGGAAGACGAUAGCCGCAGUCGUGACAAUGCGAAGUACUCCGACGAAAAGGAUCGGAAAUAUCACCAUCACAAGGGCGGCGAGCGACUGAAGGAUCGCGAGCGCGACAAGGAACGUGAUCGGUAUCGGGACACCGCGAAAGAGCGUGAUCGUGAAUGGGAGCGCGAUCGUGAUCGGGACCGUGAGUGGGAUCGAAGCCGCGAGCGGCGAGAUCGAGAGCGGGAUCGUGAGCGUGUGCGUGACCGUGACCGUUUGCGGGACCGUGAGUAUCGUGAUCGGGAAUGGGAUUCGAAGAAACGCACCAAAAGUUAUCGCGAAUGGUAUGGCGGCGAAACUGGAGAGGCGUACACGGCCACCGGCCGUUACGAAGCGUCGAGUUAUGAUUAUUAUGGCGCUUCGUACGCCAGUAGCUCCGAUUACGGAACGUACGGUUACCCGGUGCACGAUAGUAGUGUCUAUGGAACAACAACACCUGGUGCCAGUUCUUCAACAAGCUCCGCUUCGAAAUGGGCCCCACCUCCAGCACCAGCCCCACCGCCACCUCCGCCACCGGAGGAUGAUUGGGAUGGUGUAGCAAAACCACCGGCGCCACCGCCACCGCUACCGAAAACCUUCAUGGACGAUGGUGAGCUGUGGGAUUCGGAGACAGUCCCAGCUCCACCAGCGGCUACUCAACCGCCGUCCGUGUCGAAAUCGGCGACCGCGACAAAAACCCCAUCAGUACCUGUGCCUCCGUCUCCCCCCUCGUCGGUGGACAUGAAGGUGAAAAUUCCCCCGUCCGGGGACGACGACAGUGGCAGCACAUUGGAUCUCGACACGCGAAUAGCGAUGCUGUUUAAGGAGAAGACUUUCGGGGCCGCUUCGUUUCUGCAACUCAGCGAUGACGAGGACGAAGACCGCAAACCGGAAAUAAAGCAGGAACCACCGGAAAGCAUCGCCGAUCGGCCUCCAAGCCCUCCGCUGCCUCCGGUGGACGGCAGCAGUGUCGUUCCACCACCGCCACCGCCAGACGGGGCAGUACCAGAGGUACCACCACCGCCACCGAAACCGUUGAAAGUGGAAAAUCUGAAGGAGGAAGGUGCGAGUGAUAUUUCAUCGAGCGAUGACGAGAUUCUGGCCAAGGACGAAGACAUACCACCGUCCGUCUCGAUGCAGGGAGUUGCAGUAAGUGCUGCCGAAAUGGAAAAGCCAAGCUGCUCAGGACCUGCGCUGCCGGUGGCGGAAGACUCGAAGUCUUCAGUCGUUUUGGCUCCUCCCAUUCCUCCUCCGCUUCCGAUGCCACCGUUGCCCAGUGAACCUGCACCACCGGCCCCGCCACCACCGGAACCACCCAUCGAUGCCGGUGCUCCAGGUAGUUUCUCGUACCUCUACCCAACGGCCCCUUACUACAGUUACGCGCAACACUCAUCAUCCUCUGGCGCGUCCGGUUAUCACCACGGUUAUCCGGCUCCGGUUUUUCCGGGCGCUCCCCUGUUUGCGGGUACACCAUACGGCAGCAUGUAUUACUCGGCGGGUAAGAACACAGGCGCCUAUCCGUCGGAUGAUCCGUACGGUGCCGAGGGUGGUACCGUAAUGGCCGGGAGCAGCACCAUGGAACGUGCUCGAGGCACGAAGCGCAAUCGCCAAGAGAUCGUGAUCGAUUCCGUAAUCGAGCGUGUCGUGGCCGAACUGAAGCAGAUUCUGAAGAAAGAUUUCAACAAAAAGAUGAUUGAAAAUACGGCUUUUAAAAAAUAUGAAGCCUGGUGGGACGAGGAAGAACGCAAACACAAGGGCCAAGGAGGAGCGAAAAGUUCACUGUUCGGUAGCGGCCAAACGGAUGGUCAAAUUCAAGCGAACGCCGCCGGAGCCAGCGCCGGAGUCAGCGCCGGAGCGACAGCAGCAUCUUCCGGUUCGUCGAAAGCGGACAAAGCGCCAGAUAUCAAUCAGCUGCUGAGCCAAACGUACGACACGCUCGAUAGCAACGGAGGAUGUUUCGUCGGUCUCGGGCUAAGAGCGACGAUUCCCAAGAUGCCCUCCUUCCGACGCAUUCGCAAACCAGCGAGCCCGGUGCCACAGGACGAAGACUCGCGGAAGAGCGAUCAGGAAGACAUGGUGCGUGGUUCGGAUUCGGAAAAGGAAAACUCCCUAUCGGCGGCUCCUUCCACCACAACGACAACGGGAUCGACUUCAAUUCCCACGCAGGGAUCCACCGCAGCGGUUGAUGGUGGUCAAGGGGAUGCUUCAACGGCAGUCGAUGCUUCGCGUUCCCGCAUUCACGACAAACGUAUGCCGAGCGUUUCAUCGUUCACGUCGAGUAGCGAGGACGAGUCGAGUGGGAGCGAUUCGGACGAUAGUCUUGACUCGGGGUCGCUCUCCGAAACCGACGCAGUGCCUGUCGGUCGUUACGGUUCGACGAAGCGCCAACGUCGGGAUCACCGCGACAAUCGCAUCUACUCCGACACGGACAGUGACGAGCAGCAGGGAAGUAACACGAUGGCGCCGUCUCGAUCGGCGCCCAGCUUCAGGCUAAAAGAAGGUGCCAGUGGUGCUGCUGGUUUUGGUAAACCUGCGGGCAAGAUAUACUCCGACUCCGAUUCGGAUGACGAGGUUACUCGUCCACCACGAAAAGAAAUUCUUCCCCCCAUGUCGACGGAGAAGCGCCGAAGUCCCGAACGCAGUCCGCGCCACUCACCGAGCAAGAAGCCCAUUGACCCGUCCCAACUGCCGCAACUUUCGUUGCACGAACUGCACGAAGAUCUGUCGCCGAGUUCCGAAGGAGACGAGAUGCUGCUAAUGGAUGAUGAGCACGAGAAACCUCCGCGGACGCCCGGCCGAGAAUCGCCAAAGAAGGUGGUGGUGGAUGGCGGCAGCAGCAGCAGCAGCAGCAAUAAUGCCACCGUCGUUCCAAUCUCCAGUAAUAACAAUAAUGAAACUCCAGUGAAACAGGGCUCUUCAUCGUACGCGGUGUCCGACCGUAUCUACAGUGAUUCGGACGAGGAGCGCGAAUAUCAGGAGAAACGUCGAAGGAAAGCCGAGUAUUUGCAGCAGAUCGACCAAGAAUUCCAGGAGGAACUGGUCCGGAUGGCGGAAGAGAAAGCACAAAGGAUGGCGGAACGGAGCAAACCUUCGUUGGCCCCGGUGGUCACGGGUUCAUUGGACAUUACUCCCAAAAAAGCAACCCUCUCGUUCGUCGGCAACAAAAUGUCGAGCCUCGACGAUCCGGUCACGCCGAGUCUCUCGCAACCGCCACCGACCCCGGGCGCCAGCCUCGGGUUGGGUGACUUUCAACGAAAAGAUCCUACGACACCACUGGACUUUUCGUUGGACCAAGCGGCUGCUGUGAAGCCUGAAUCGUCCUCGAAGCGCAAACGAACGCCCGGUAGCGGAAGAGCGUCCGCCAAAUCCACUGCCAAGGGACGAAAGGGUGGUGGUGCCAAGAGUCAGCUUAAUGGAGGAUCGGGAUCGGGAAGUAGCAGCAUGACCGAGUCACCGUUCGCUGGUACUCCACCCUCAUCAACGGUGGCCGGCGAUCUCAUCCCGGAACUAUUCCACCACUCCGGUGCCAACGCUCCUACCUCGACGGGCGAGUUCUAUCUCGGUGACGGCGAAACGGUGCAUCGAGCGGUCAAAGCAUCACCAACCUCCUCCGACGGUGGUUCCAGUCAGGCCAGCCAGGUGGCCCUCGAUCACUGCUACUCUUUGCCUCCGUCUGCUUCACCGUCGUCCUCGUCACCUCACCCGCAGUCCGAUUCUUCGACGCCUGUGGCCUCGAAUUCGCGUAACAAAUAUGCACCUUCGUCGGAGAAUGCUCUGGCCCACGAUCACGGGUACACGAAUAACAACGAUGCAAUUGCGCCGGGUGAGACCGCGGUUUCAGCGACGCCUGCAGCGCCUUUGUCAUCUACCUUGGUGGCUAAGCAAAGCGAUGGGCUCGUGACAGGGAAUGGAGCCGCUUUUCCGAUCGAGAGAGCUGAUGUGGUUCCGGUGAAAGCUCCCGCCAAAGACCGAAAGCAACGCACGGACAGCAGUAAGUUGCACGGCCUCGUCAGGGCAGAUGCUCCGGUUGUUCCUCCGUACGCUCUCGAGCAAUUCGUCCCGGUUCCGAAGUAUCGGUCACGUGAUCUGCAGACGGAGAUGGCGUUGCUGUACGAUUUCUUGACGCGCGGGAUCGACAACGAAGACAUUCAGUACAUCCGCCAGAGCUACGAUCUUCUGUUGCUGGACGAUGCAAACAAUUAUUGGCUGAAUGCGACCCAUUGGGUCGACCACUGCGGCACCGAUAGGAGCUUUGAGCCGGCGUUGUUGCUAGCGGCGUCGGCUGGUCCGAGCGCGAUGAAGCGACGGAAGAAGGACAAAUCGGUAGAUCGAUCGUUGGCCGACAUCAAGCAGCACCGCACGGGGAGCGCCCGAACGGAGGGCUACUAUAAGAUCGAUGCGCGCGAAAAGGCCAAGUACAAGUACCACCAUCUCAAGGGUACGACUGCGGCGGCCGCUAGCAACGUGGCCGGUGCAAACCUGGAGCUGGCGAAGGCGGUGGCAAAAAUGCAGGGAAUUUCGCGGGAAGCACGCUCCAAUCAGCGCCGGUUGUUGAAUGCUUUCGGGGCCAGCACCGAGUCGGAGCUGCUCAAGUUCAAUCAGCUCAAGUUCCGCAAGAAGCAGCUCAAGUUCGCAAAAUCGGCCAUCCACGAUUGGGGCCUGUUCGCGAUGGAGCCCAUCGCGGCCGACGAGAUGGUGAUCGAAUAUGUCGGCCAAAUGGUGCGCCCCUCGGUGGCCGAUUUGCGCGAAACGAAGUACGAAGCGAUCGGUAUCGGCAGUUCGUACCUGUUCCGCAUCGAUAUGGAAACCAUCAUCGAUGCGACAAAGUGUGGCAAUCUGGCGCGCUUCAUCAAUCACAGCUGCAACCCCAACUGCUAUGCGAAGGUUAUCACGAUCGAGUCGGAAAAGAAGAUUGUCAUCUACUCAAAGCAACCGAUUGGCGUGAACGAGGAAAUCACCUACGACUACAAGUUUCCGCUCGAGGACGAGAAGAUUCCCUGUCUGUGCGGUGCGGCCGGUUGUCGUGGUACGCUCAACUAAGCAACGGUUGGCGAGAUCGUUCGUUCGCCAUUUCUUCAUUUGUAUAUAUGUAUAAAAUAUUACGUGUAAUUAGAAGGCGCGCAUUUCACCAUCCUUUGAUCGUCGCCUUUAUGCUACAUUUUACUCUUGGUCCAUCUGUUACGGUCUGUUGUGGCCUUUUAUUUUCUAUUGCGCCAUUUUGCGGUUACAUCCUCAGGUUAGAUUUAUAGCCAUUUUUGCUUAUGCUUAGCCCUGUUGUCCUUCGCUUUUAUCGGUUUUCCCACCUUCAGUUGUAUGAUACGCUAAGCUUCAUCUUCAUCAUUUGUUAUCCCUUUUUCCUGAUGAAAUGUUCACUUCGUCUCGACACACGCCGUCUCGUGGUUGGAAUGUAGAAAGUGAAGCAAUAGCGCGUAGACGGACAAACGUAAAUCAGUUUAAAAACGGCGAAAGUGUGAAAUAUAAUAUAAAAUUUGAAAAGGAGAUUUAAUCUUUGAACGAUAGCUAAAAUUAAACCAGUAUGUUUAGUGAAAUACUUUAAAAUCAAUAACGAACAAAUCGCUAAACUAUAAA